AUGAGAUGGCCAGACCUUCAUCCAGCCAAUGCCUAUCCAAAUCAGAUCUUGUACAGUGAUUACUCUCGCUACAUCUCAUUGGUUGCGCAUUUUCUGAGCGUCUGGCUACAGUAAGUACGUUAUUUCGGUAUAAAUCAUGGAAAAAUUCGCACGAAAAAAACUAUUUUUUGUAUCAGAUUCAUUUCGCUGGUCAAUUUCAAGCCUUUCAAAGCUAUAAGGUCAAAAAAAUGUUUACAGAAUUUACUUCGUAAUUGCUGCAUUGGUCACAAGAAACUACAUUCUUGUGGUUUUCCCUGGAUUUUGCUUAAUUGCCUAUGGAUUUCUAUACUUUGGAGUGCUUGGCCAAUACAAAUACUUUAUCAUCCCGGCGAUUCUUAGUGAUGUAAGUCUCCAAACUCCUCUGAAACCAUAAAUUUUAUAUGUCAGAUCGUCUCCAUAAUUGGCUUUUCCAUUCAAAUAUACCUCUUCAAAGACCUGCCCGAAGAUGAUUCCCAUGGAACCGUGUCCAAAGUGGCCAUGUAUACAAGUCCCAUAGCCAUUUUCUUGAAGAUCCUCGUGUCCCCAGUAUUAGUCCGAUCGUAUUUUUUGAUCCAAUCUCCUGCACAUGGAGUCCCAAUAGGCAAGGAGUUCUUGACGGUCUUCUUGUUGAUGCACUUUGGCUUUAUUGCUGGAUACUUUAUUUAUUCUUACGCAUCUGAUGGAUCAAAUUCUUGCUCUUGUGGAAAAUGCAAGAAGAAAGAUGAAGCUGGGCGAAAUGUAACAUAG